AUGACUAAGAGUAAGGACCUGAGACGCGCGGCCCUGUCUUCGAGCGACAUUCGAAGCCUGGACACCUCGAAGAACUCCAAUGAUGCUAAGAGUAUCCAAAGCGAGCGAGACCACACUCCGCUCUUCGAUGACGGCUAUGACACUGAUCCGCUGGCCCAUUCCAACUACAGUGUCGGGCAUGAGUCAGCGAAUGGAGAUGCUGUUGAUGAGCGGCAGAUGGUUGAAGAUAUGGAAGCUGCCAUGGAAAAUAUCAUGACUGAACCUUUCGAGCCCGAUGAGAUUGAAGAAGAGCCUGGCGGAUUGUUUGGCUCUCCGACAUCAAGUCGUCGAUCUGCUCAUGGGGCCGACUCGCCUCGGACGUCGCUCGACAUGCCUCGUAUCGAUGCCAUCACAGUCGGAAAGUCAAAGCCUAGUCUUUCUACUCUUGGUCUAGUCAAUACAUCGUCUCGCAUUGGCGUAUUCACUGACAACGAUCUCUUCCCUGACGACGAAGCAAAGUUUAUUGAGGACGAGUACGCCGACCAAGACGCCAACAAAGACGACCCCGAAGAGGAGAUUCAUGAAGCCGCUCCUGGUGAUCUAGGACUGACAGAAGCUAUCUCUGCUCUCAGCAGCGACAUCGAACGCCUUGUUACACAGGAAUCCGUUGUCGAUACCUUGACUCGCAAGGCAGAGCUGACAAACAACAUUCCAGAGCUCCGUAUACUGAGCAAGUCCAAGGCAAGUCUACAACGAGAGAUUCGCCGCAAAGAACUCCAGCGCCAGCAGUAUAUCGUGCAGGAAAGCGACAACAGCCUGUACGGGCGCUCAAGCAUUAGGAUUAAGUCCAUCAUGGUCGGCAAAGAAGACGACGGCCGCGAGUUCGCACUCUAUGUCAUCGAAGUGCAACGCCAAGCAGGCGACCAGAUGCCAGCCGCGACAUGGGCCAUCACGCGACGAUAUAGCGAGUUCCACGAACUACACCAACGACUACGACGACGAUACCCCUCAACACGCAACCUCGACUUCCCACGCCGGCGCAUGGUCCUCAAGCUUCAAAAGCAGUUCCUGCACAACCGUCGCAUCGCGCUCGAGGCCUACAUGCAACAACUUCUGCGCAUGCCCGACGUCUGCCGCAGCCGCGAACUGCGCUCCUUCCUCUCUCAACAAGCCAUCUCCACUACCCUCGACACAUCCUCUGACGCCGCCGUCAACACUCAGGACAUCGUCUCCCGCAUCUACAACUCCGUAACCGACGGUAUGGACGAGUUCCUUGGCAAUAUGACUGUCCUGGACCAGCUCUCUGUUGCGGGACAGAACCUCAUCUCCGCCGCUACGACGCAGUUGGGCAACACACAGACCGAUAUAGUCCCACUGGACCAGCAAGCCGCGGGUGCAGGCUCGGUCGCCGAAGCAGAAGCCGAGCUCCGCUCCUUCGAAGACAAAGAACUCGAACCCUUUGUCAAGCCUAUCUGUGAUAUAUUCCUCGAAAUCUUCGAACUCAACCGUGGCAACAACUGGCUGCGCGGUCGCGCCGUCGUUGUUGUACUGCACCAAUUAUUGGGCGGAACUGUGGAGCGCAAAGUGCGCGAUUUUGUCAAGUCACUCCUCCAAGAAGACUCCCUGCUGAAAUAUAUCGAGCUACUGAAGGACACGAUGUGGCCCAACGGCGUGAUGCGCGUGGCGCAGUCAAGAUCGGCGGUCGAGAAGGGUCGGACAAAGAAAGAGGCGGGUGUGGUUCUCGCGACGCUGUUGCCGGAUCUGGCGGGUGGAGUGGUGGGCCGAGGUAAUGCGCAAGGGGCGGCGAGAAGGGUCAGUGCUGCCCUGAAUAAUGUGAGGUUGAAUCAGCAUUUGGUUUACACGGUUUUGGAUGAGAUCGUUGGGGUCUUGUUUGAUGGGCGAGGAAGGGGAAAUGCUCAUUGA